AGGCUGAAAUUCCAUUAAAAACUGAAAAGUCUUCCACAUGCUUUUCUAGCGCUGCCAAAUGAGUGAGACUGUAUACAUUUGGCUUAGUUAGGGUAGGUUUCUAUAACUUUGCAUUGGACGAGAGAAUGGCGAAAUCACUUCCGCUUUCAUCUGAAAGUCACUCUACACUUUUUCUAUCUCUACGUUUAAAUGGAUAAAUUCGACUUCCUUGUAAAGGUUGCCUUUGAGAAAGAUGGUGUCUACUUACACACCAGUGCAAAGCGUCAUCCUGACCAGGAUUCCCUUAUUCCGGGGGUUAUCCGCAUAAUUGAGAAGGGCUCAGACACGUUGCUACAAUGGACACCCAUAGAAGAGUCUACAGAUGCUGCCCAGAUCAUGUACACCAAGAAGGACCCAGUGGGCUGCCAGACCGAAGAAGAAAUCUUUGAUCCGGGGUAUGAACCGGACUGGGCCGUGAUCAGUACAGUGGGGACUCGGUCUCGGGCCCAAGAGGAAACAAAUGCAGCUUCUGGGCCCAAAUCUCCAGUUCCACGUGGUCAGUGGGCCUUCUCUCUCAGCUUGUCUGAGCUGAAAUCAAUCCGCAAGAGUAAGCCAGGUCUGGGCUGGUCAUACCUCAUUUUCAUCACCAAAGACGGCAUCUCCAUUCAGGCCUUACACUUCCACCGUGGAGGCACCAAGGCCCUUCUCAAGGCUCUUUGCAAAUACAUUAUCUUAGCCAUCUCACCCAAAGAUUCCCGCCUCUACCUGGUCUACACCCAUGACUCGUACGCCCUCUCCCACUCCUUCGAUGAGCUUCAGCUCUUUGAUGAGAACUCUUCCAACCUUGUCUCGCGAUUCCUGCAGGAUCCUUAUGCUGCCACUUUUGGUGGCUUCUCCAAAGUCACCAAUUUCUUCCGUGGGGCUCUGCACCAAGAGGAUGGGGUUACCCAGCAUUCCCACGGCGACCCAGCGGCUGCCAACGUCGAGGAUGAGACAGGCUUUGAAGUUAUCACCUGUCAGGCACGACUAGGAGAGCGUCCGUCUGUCCAACGGGAGGCUCCUGUGACAGACCAGGAAUGGGAGCAGCACUUGGAUCCAGAUGGGCGUGUGGGGGACCCCAUUGCAUUGCGCAGGAGGAUCUUUGCUGGGGGUCUCAGCAUGUCAUCACGCAAAGAAGCCUGGAAAUACCUUUUGGGCUAUUAUUCCUGGAACAACACCAGUGAAGAGAACAAGGCACAAGUGCGGCGGAAAACGGAUGAAUACUUCCGCAUGAAACUACAGUGGAAGUCGGUCAGCGAAGAACAGGAACGACGGAACUCCUUGCUGCGUGGCUACCGCAGCCUGAUUGAAAGGGAUGUGAGCCGCACAGAUAGGAACAACAAAUUCUAUGAGGGCAGUGAGAACCCCGGCCUGGUGCUCCUGAAUGACGUGCUGAUGACAUACUGCAUGUACAACUUCGACCUAGGCUAUGUCCAAGGCAUGAGUGACCUCCUGUCCCCCAUUCUCUACAUCACCCAGAACGAAGUGGAUGCCUUCUGGUGCUUCUGUGGCUUCAUGGAGCUAGUGCACCGCAAUUUUGAAGAAAGCCAGGAGUCCAUGAAGCGGCAGCUUUCCCAGCUCACCUUGCUCCUCAGAGUGCUGGACCCCCCACUCUGCGACUUCCUAGACUCGAAAGAAUCUGGCUCCUUGUGCUUCUGUUUCCGGUGGAUCUUGAUCUGGUUCAAGAGAGAAUUUGCAUUCUCUGAAAUUCUUCAGCUGUGGGAGGUGCUCUGGACGGGAUUGCCUUGCCCCAACUUCCACCUGCUGGUGGCCUGUGGCAUUCUGGACGCAGAGAGGCAGGCUCUCAUGAACUCAGGCUUUGGCUUCAGUGAGAUCCUCAAGCACAUCAAUGAGCUCACCAUGAAGAUGUGUGUGGAAGACAUCAUAUGCCGGGCGGAGGCAAUCUACAGGCAGCUGGCAGCUACUCCAGAUCUACCCCGCAAUGUUCAGGAAUUGCUGGGGCUCUCUGAGGGCAAAUCUCCGACCCCCAGCACCGACACAGCUAGCUCCCCGCAGCCGCUGUCGCCCAGCCAGGCCCAGGAGAUGGAGCUGACGGACAGUGUUUCCCCAAGCCAGCCAGACAGCAGCAUCGAGAUCCUGCCUACUGAGGAGGCCUCCACUUCGCAGUCUCUGUCUCCUUGAAAACCUGUCAUCGCCACCACUACCAUCAUCUUAACACAAGCACUUUAACCAGAGCAGGGUGAGGGUUGAGAAGGAGGCAGGGCAGAGGCUUGGGGAUGUUGUUGUGCCUCCGCCCCCUGGAGUUUUAAGUGGAUGUAUAAACAUCAACCCUCCCUAAAGGCAAGUAGGGCUUUUGGACAGCGGUGUUCUUCCACACUUUCCUCUGUGUGCAUUGUGUGUCUUUUCCACAAUGCACUGGGGUAUGACCUUCUCUGUUAGAACAUUGAAGGGUUUGCUAUAGAGUUCACCUUCCCUUUCUGGGAUAUGCAGAGAUGGAAGGGAGUAAGUUAAUGGUUGUCAUGCAUUCCUCUUUCACUUUGGGUUUUCUGGCAUUGCAGCUGAAGAUCCUAGAUUCUCCCUUCCACUCCCACUGCUUGUUGCACAAUGGGAUACCUGGUUUGCUUCUGUGUCUUGCACACAUCCAUCUGUGACCCACUCAGGCUUAUCUAAAGAGCAUCUAUCUGAUGGUGACAGGUUUUUUUUUAUUAACUUCCAGUUGCUAAUGAAGCCCACAAGAGUUAGGAAGCCUGAGGUCACUGGUAAAGGGAAAUGGGGGAUAGCAGAUUAUAGAGCAACUGGAAAUCGGGGAUUGUGAGCAAGAGGCUACUUGGUAUAGGAAGGAUAGGUUGUCUUUGGGAGAGAUGUGGAGUCAGAGGUUUCCACAACAGAGGCUGCAAGAAAGCUUUUACUUCCUUGGUACUUUGCCAGCAGGGAAUUCCUGUUGACGUAGCUCCUCAUGCUUCCCUCCCUUGGCUGGAGGAUUGUCUCACUCCCUACUUGCCUCAUUCCUUUUAGUGGGCUGAUUUUGAACUGACAAUAGAUCUACAGGGAAAGGCUAUCAGACUUAGCACUUCUGUACUCCAGCCUAGUGAGCAUGUGUGGAUUUGAUACCUCGUCUGCAUAUGCCCUGCUUCUCAUUAACUACUUCCUUCUCAGCCCUUACCUUGACUACUUUGUUUUCUUUACCAUACAUUAAACAAUGUAGUGUCACCCA